CAACCAUGAUGGCGGCCUUCGGUGUGGCUCGCAGCAGCUGCGGACUGUUAAAUGGGUUGAGGAUAUCUUUCAGGAGUUUGGCGCAAGUGAAACAUGGCGCAGUCACACCGCAGACGAACCUCCGACAAGCCUGCCGCUUGUACUCGGUCAGCCACCUGUCAGUGAGGGAGAGGAUCGAGGAGAAACGGAAGGCGGCGCUAGUCGGGGGAGGUCAGCAGAGAAUUGAUGCCCAACAUAAAAGGGGUAAGCUGACAGCCAGGGAGCGAGUGGAGCUUUUGCUGGACCAUGAAUCCUUUGUGGAGUCGGACAUGUUUGUGGAGCAUCGCUGCUCCGACUUCGGCAUGGAGCAGGACAGAAACAAGUUCCCAGGGGACAGCGUCGUGACAGGCCGGGGCAGGAUCAACGGCCGUCUGGUUUAUGUGUUCAGUCAGGACUUCACAGUGUUCGGUGGCAGUCUGUCUGGAGCUCAUGCACAGAAGAUCUGUAAGAUCAUGGACCAGGCCAUGAUGGUUGGAGCCCCAGUCAUCGGUUUGAACGACUCCGGAGGAGCUCGGAUCCAGGAGGGAGUGGAGUCUCUGGCCGGAUAUGCAGAUAUUUUCCUGAGGAAUGUGAUGGCUUCAGGAGUCGUCCCUCAGAUCUCUCUCAUCAUGGGCCCCUGUGCAGGAGGAGCUGUCUACUCUCCCGCCCUGACAGACUUCACCUUCAUGGUUAAGGACACAUCAUACCUGUUCAUCACAGGACCAGAUGUUGUGAAGUCUGUCACCAAUGAAGAUGUGACUCAAGAGGAGCUGGGCGGAGCCAAGACGCACACCACCGUGUCUGGUGUGGCUCACCGUGCAUUUGAGAAUGACAUUGAAGCCCUGCUCAACCUGCGAGAGUUCUUCAACUUCCUUCCACUCAGCAAUCAGGACCAGCCCCCCAUCAGAGAGUGCCACGACCCCAGCGACCGUCCUGUUCUUUCAUUGGAUACCAUCGUCCCCUUCGAGUCAACUAAAGCCUAUGACAUGUUGGACAUCAUUCAUGCAAUCGUAGAUGAGAAGGACUUUUUUGAGAUCAUGCCCAACUACGCCAAAAACAUUGUGGUGGGAUUUGCCCGCAUGAAUGGACGCACCGUAGGAAUUGUGGGUAACCAGCCUAAAGUGGCUUCUGGUUGUUUGGACAUCAACUCCUCUGUGAAGGGAGCCCGUUUUGUACGCUUCUGUGAUGCUUUCAACAUUCCCAUCAUCACCUUUGUGGAUGUGCCAGGCUUCCUGCCAGGUACCGCUCAGGAGUACGGAGGCAUCAUCAGACACGGAGCCAAACUGCUGUAUGCCUUUGCAGAGGCCACCGUCCCAAAAAUAACCGUCAUCACAAGAAAGGCUUAUGGAGGAGCCUAUGACGUGAUGAGCUCCAAACACCUGAGAGGAGAUGUGAAUUACGCCUGGCCCACAGCUGAGGUUGCUGUUAUGGGUGCCAAGGGUGCUGUUCAGAUUAUCUUCAGAGGGAAGGAGAACCAGGCGGAGGCAGAGGCCGAAUAUGUGGACAAGUUCGCCAACCCGUUCCCAGCUGCUGUCAGAGGUUUCGUGGACGAUAUCAUCGAGCCAUCGACCACUCGCAAGAAGAUCUGUAACGAUCUGGAGGUGCUGGCCAGCAAGAAGCAGGUCAACCCCUGGAAGAAACACGCCAACAUUCCUCUGUGAAACUCACAUCCUCGGUUUCCACAGGAACACUAUCUAAAGGCACUGUGGGAUUCUCCUCAUAUUGACUCUAAACUCAAAUGAUCUGCAGUGGUACCCCGUUUGAUGACGACUUUGGGAGCAGUUUGUCAUAUCUCUUUGGUAUUUCUCCUUACUGUUGGUUUAAAACUGUCAUUUACCACUCUGCUGAAAGCAGCACAUAAAGAUACAGUUCCUGAUCUUGUUAGCGCCCAAUCUCAGCUGCAAAAUCCCUUCAUCUCCACCCAGUUCACUGCUUAUAUUUCAAACUGUCAACUAUGCUAAAGCACCCUGAGCUGUGAGGAAAUCUGGGAGAAAUAUUAUUGCCCUUAAACCAAAAUCUGGAGAUCUAUCUUUACCACUGAUAUGCAAGAUGUUAUUGGGAAAAUCCUGACACACUGUACCUGGAUGGAAUAAUACAUUAAUAACACAUAUUUUAAGAUGAUUGUCACAUCAUUCAGUAGUGGCCAUAUUGGUCAUUAUUUUUGCAAUCCUACAACUUUGUAUUUGAAAGGGCAGAUCACGUACCGCCAAAAUAAAACACAGGUGACUGUCAGUGGGGUUGUUAUAGCAGAAAAUGCAAACAUACUGUAGUUUGUUUUGUUUCCUAGUGGUUUAUGUACUGUAUUUAGUUAUUUGAGGUGUCUCGUGUGUACAGUAGUUUGCACUUCCUGUUGCACUCGUGUUUUUAAAAUCCUCCGUCUAGGUCAAGAAACACGUCACUCUCACAACCUGGAACAGUGCCUUUUUCUCUCCGGCAGGCUCAUCUGCUGUUUGUGAAAUAAAUCAUGGACUCAA